GCAACCCACGGUAGAAUUUAACGUGUAAAAUAACCCACGGCAAAAAAAAGUGUUGUGUACACAAUAUUUUGGCCGACGUUUCAAUUAAGUUGUUGAUCGAGCAUAUUUAAAAAUGAAUCAUUGUGACAUGAUACAAAGUUGGUAGACUACAAAUAAUGCCUGAUAAAUACUCAGGACUCGGGAAUGCAACUGUAAAAGAAAUCGUCAUUUGUCUAAACAAACAAUACGCGAUCAGUGAAAAGAGAGGUUAUAAAGUCCGUUGAUUGUAAAGAUUGUUGCUAUACUCGUAUCGCAGUCGUGCAACUAUACGUGCGAUAACGAUGAACACGAAAAAAGUAAUAACGUUCGGAAAAAUCCGGUUGUCCGGUGCGACACAGCAACAAGAUCAGGAAAAAGGGGACAAAAAUGUUGUGGAAGCAUCAACGGCGCCUUCGGGUUUUGGAACGUUUGGUAAAAAAUCCAUGUCGGAAAUGAAUACACUGAUAAAAGAUGUGACCAAAGAAGAAGAGGAGCAAGACAAAGAAACGCGUAAUCUCGAGAAGGUAAUGGGCAUGACAUCGUUUGGUAAACGAGCACAAUCCUUCGACGUCGGAGAAAUGGUUGAGAGUAUAACCAAAAGCCUGAGCAGUUCAAGAAAUGCAAGAGAGAAGCAGCAGACCGAAGACAGCGAGAAUGAAGAGAAAGAAGCUGCUUCUGAAGAAGUUUCAGCUACAGAAAACUGCAAAGAGAACAAAACCAGAGGCAAGGCAGUGGACAGCGAUAGCGACGAGGGUAGUAGCGAUGAAGAUAGCAACAGCGAUGACAAUUCGGAAGGAGAGAACAGCGAGGAGGGGAAAAAGAGGGUUGGCAGAAAAAGUAUAAAAAUUCCGUGCACCGACCAAGUGACAAUGGUUCAUGGCAGGAAAGCAAUCACCGCAGUGGCAUCAGAUCCGUCUGGAGCACGACUUGCCUCUGGUUCGGUCGAUUAUGACGUUUCUUUUUGGGAUUUUGCAGGUAUGGAUUCGUCGCUGAGAAGUUUCAGGACGAUGCAGCCCUGCGAGAACCAUCCUAUAAAAUGUCUCCAGUAUUCGACAACGGGAGACACUAUUCUAGUGGUAUCUGGAGCGGCUCAAGCCAAAGUACUCGAUCGUGAUGGUUUUGAGAAGUGCGAAACUGUCAAGGGGGAUCAGUAUAUAACAGACAUGGCUCGAACGAAAGGUCACACAGCAGCUUUGAAAGCUGGAUGUUGGCAUCCGUUCAACAAAGAAGAAUACAUGACUUGUUCGGAGGAUGGAACCUGCAGAUUGUGGAUCCUCUACAGGCCCAGGGGACACGCCAAUAUAAUAAAAUGUCGAGCUCAAAACGGUACAAAAACGGUGCCCACGGCUUGCUCCUACAAUCGGGAUGGGACUGUAGUAGCUUGCGGCUGCAUCGACGGUUCUCUGCAGAUGUGGGAUCAUAGGAAAAACUUUGUUAAUCCGUCGCUAGUGCUUCGGGGAGCUCAUGACAGCGGCAGUGACAUUUCCAGUCUUUGUUUUUCCUACAUGGGUAACGAAUUGGCGACCCGAGGUUGCGACGAUACUCUCAAACUGUGGGAUUGCAGAGUUUUAAAGAAACCUUUGUUCGAAGCAAGAAAUUUGUUCUCGCGUUACGACACCACCGAUUGCGUCUUCAGUCCGGACGACUCGCUCAUUGUCACUGGACAAUCUCUUCGUCGACGCGAUCCCCAGAAAACGGGAUCGUCAGGAGCUCCCCCUAACACCGGCGACGACGCUGGCGGUGGAUUAUUGUUUUUCAAUGUCAAAACCUUCGAACUCGUCGAUCGAAUCGAUGUAACCGAUUCCCACGUAAUAAAAACCCUGUGGCAUCCGAAAUUGAACCAAAUUUUCGUCGGAUGUGGCAAUGGAAUCGUCAAAGCUUAUUACGAUAACAGAAUAAGUUUGAGAGGCGCCAAAUUAUGCGUUGCCAAAACUCGCCGAAAAAACAAUCACAUAGAAAUAAUGUCGACCCAACAGAUAAUAACCCCUCAUGCUUUGCCACUUUUCCGUCAAGAUAGACCCAAGUCCGUCAGAAAACAACUCGAAAAAGAUCGACUCGAUCCGGUCAAAUCUCAUCGUCCCGAUUUACCUAUAACCUCGGGUCAGGGUGGUCGCGUCGCUUCCUCCGGUGGCACUCUCAGCUCCUACGUAAUCAGAAAUCUUGGUCUAAGCAAGCGCAUCGAAGACGAUCAAGAUCCUCGCGAAGCUAUUCUCAAAUUCGCCAAAGAAGCUGAGGAAAAUCCGUACUGGAUCGCACCAGCCUACAGCAAAACUCAGCCGAAAACCAUUUUCCAGGACGGCGCUGGAGGUUCUACCACAUCCACCUCCGAAUCAAACGUUUCCACCGAAACUCCUUCCACUCCCGCCACCACUCGAGAUUCUUCCCCUCCCAAAACAAAGAGGCGCAAAACAUGAAUUUAUUCCUAUUUGUAUUGUUAAUGAUACUCGUUACAUGGAAAAUUCCACACUUAAUAAAAAUUAUUCACCGAA